ACGGGCUUAUCUCCCCAUCAAGCCCCAGGCACUAUUGUAAGUUCGAGAGGACCCGGGCUGUACCAACCGGCUGGCUUCCACAGUACCAAAUCCAGGGUUUGGGAUGCGUGAGUGCUUGCAUGAAUUCCUGUGUGAGUGCCCCAAUACUGUGGCAACUCCCAUGGCAGGCACUCCAGGCAGCAGUGGCUUUCCCAUCCCUGUCGUCUGUCAGUGCUUCAGCCGCCUCUCUCAUAGCCACUGUAGCUCAAGGGAUGACUAGGAAGGAAAAAUGAUGAUGAUACAGCGUGUUCUUAAAGGGACAGCCCUUACACUUGUUUUCAUCGCCUUGUAUACGUCUUUUUAUCUUGGCGUCAUUUCCGACAGCAGUAGAAGGGAGACAAUAGAGCCCACAAUGGCUACCACAGCAUCAGCAGUCGAAGAGAGCACUCCCUAUGGCCCUGAUCUGUACAUUGGGUUGGCACUUUCUAUAGCCUCUUCAGUGUUCAUAGGCAGCAGCUUUAUCAUCAAGAAGAAGUCACUCUUAGCCCUAGGGAAGGCUGGUGGCACAAGAGCAGGGGCUGGAGGUUAUGGUUAUCUCAGAUACUGGCUCUGGUGGGCAGGGCUGCUAUCCAUGGGAUUUGGAGAAGCGCUCAAUUUCAUAGCCUAUGCAUUCGCCCCAGCCACACUUGUAACACCUUUAGGGGCUCUGUCUGUGAUUGUGACUGCUCUCCUCUCACAGUACUUUCUCGGGGAAAUCCUCAAUAUUUUAGGAAAGGUAGGAUGUGCGCUUUGCUUGUUGGGUGCCACAGUGGUUGUUAUCCAUGCACCACAAGAAACAGAAGUGUCAAGUAUGGAGGAUCUGAAAGCAAAACUUGUUGAUCCAGUGUUCAUGGUAUAUGUGGCUGUGGUGGUUGCAGCAUCUCUGCUCCUCAUCAUCCACUUUGGGCCUCGCUAUGGUACUCGAAAUGUUACUAUCUAUAUCGCCAUCUGCUCUCUAAUAGGCGGGUUCUCUGUCCUUGGGUGUAAAGCCAUCGGGUUGGCUGUGAAGGAGACCAUACAAGGGAAGAAUGAAUUCACCAACUGGAUUACCUGGUUUUCUCUAAUGAGUCUCAUAGUAUGUGUUUGCACACAGAUGAACUACCUAAACAAGGCUCUAGACAUCUUCAACACCUCACUGGUGACCCCCAUCUACUACGUGUUCUUCACUGCUUGUGUCAUCCUGUCAUCAGCUAUGCUAUUCAAGGAGUGGAAAGGCCUUCCAGCCAAGGACGUCAUUGGGGUCCUGUCAGGAUUUUGUACCGUUGUCAUUGGCAUCUUCAUCUUGCACGCUUUUAAGGACAUGGACAUCACUUGGACAGGCAUGUCAACCAUGCUGAUGGCCGGAGGAGUGAGUGAAUCGAGGCGAAAUAGCACAGAGGACACUGGAAACGAAGUGACACCGUUGUCAGAGGAGGAGGAGGGACUCAUCACCUCCGAACCCCUCUCGUAUGGCUCCAAUAAACGGGUUUACUGAA